AAUUAGUGAAUUGGCAAAUCCUCAGGCUAAGGUUGAGGUUGAGGAAUAGUGCUAAAUACAUAAAGACAGGCAGAAAAAAAAGAUUGAUAUAUAUUGGAAUCCCGAUCAGUCGGAAGAGAAAGGUGGAAAUGGGGGAAGCAGCAGUGGCAGCGCACAACGUAUUCGUAUAUGGAAGCCUAUUAUCAGAUGAUGUGGUUCGUGUCCUGUUGAAUCGAGUUCCCCCUUCCUCCGCUGUUCUUCUCAACCACUUCCACAGAUUUAGCAUUAAAGGACGCGUUUAUCCGGCAAUUCUCCCAGUCCAAAACCGUCAUGUUAGUGGCAGAGUGCUAAUGGGAAUAUCGGAUCCUGAAUUGCAUAUUUUGGAUGAAUUUGAGGAUGUUGAGUACCAAAGGACCCGCGUUGAGGUCUCUUUGCUAGAAAGUUCUGACAAGUUACAAGCCCACGCUUAUGUGUGGAGAAACACUAGUGAUCCCAACUUGUAUGGUGAUUGGGAUUUUGAGGAAUGGAAACAAGUGCACAAGGAAAGCUUCAUCAAGAUGACAAUGGGGUUUAUGGAAGAACUAGAGCUGCCUGAAUCAAAGCCAAUAGGGGCCACUUACGAAUCCUUCUAUCAGCAAGAUGAUGCUGAAAAGUGAGGAAUCAAUUAUGCUCUUCUUUUUUUUUUUUCAAAAUCUAUGUAUAGGAGUUCGAUAGUCGUUGGUUAUUAGCUUGUUUUGCUAUUUGGCUUGCUUGAAUAAAUUGCAGCGUGCAUCGCAGACAAAUUUUACUGUAAUUCUAUCACGAUUCACGGAUGAUGAGUAAUAAAGAAGCUCAUAAUCUUUGCUCA